GGUCAUCGGCCGUGUUUUAGGGGGAUGAACCGCCAAUAGCUAAGGCCGAUCUAGCGGUGACGUCACAGGGGGCGGGACAUAGCUUGAGCAGGAGUCAAGAUGGCGGACGAGGAGAAGCUGCCGCCCGGUUGGGAGAAGCGGAUGAGCCGCAGCUCUGGGCGUGUGUAUUAUUUCAACCACAUGACUAAUGCCAGCCAGUGGGAGCGUCCCUCAGCCAGCGGGAAAAAUGGGCAAGGUGAACCAGCAAAGGUACGAUGUUCUCACCUGCUGGUGAAACACAGCCAGUCCAGACGUCCCUCGUCGUGGAGGCAGGAGAAAAUCACACGCACCAAAGACGAAGCUCUGGAGCUCAUUAAUGGCUACAUACAGAAAAUCAAAUCUGGAGAGGAGGACUUUGAAGCCCUGGCCUCACAGUUUAGUGACUGCAGUUCUGCUAAGGCCGGAGGAGACUUGGGAAGUUUUGGGAGAGGUGACAUGCAGAAAGCCUUUGAAGAAGCUUCUUUCGCUCUGCGGCCCGGAGAGAUGAGUGGCCCGGUUUUCACAGAUUCUGGCAUCCACAUUAUACUUCGCACUGAGUGAAUCCCGUAUUUGCAGGGGGGAAAUCCCAGCCUUUAGUAGAAGGGAUCUGGGGAUUUGGAGAGAUGAUGAUGAUCUUGGAUGCAGAGACGGACCGGUGGGAAGGGAUAUAGUCUAGGCUUUCAAAUACCUUGGGGCUCUUGUUAACAUUGUGGAGGAUUUCAGAGGAUCAUAUUUCUCAGCGUUACAUGUAAUGGGUCUGAGCGCUUCUGGGCAGCCUAGCGUCAGUGUUGAACAUUUCAAUUUACAGCAAGGGAUCUGCAUGAAGGGUUGGGGCUAGGUCUUAAGUCAUGGCCCACAUACACACUCCUCCACGUGGUAGACGACUAGUAAGAUUGACUGAAUGUACUGAUGUUUUAUAACCUUUCCAGCAUAAAUGCGUAGCUUAAGAUCUUGCAUGCCGGGUGCCCACGGCAUCUGCAUUUACCCCACUGAAUAAAGAAGCAGCACCUGGGAUUUAAUGGAUUAGGUCAUUCAUUUCUGGAGGUCUGUGCGCCUUCCAAAUGGGAAUGCCUUUUAAAUAUUGCAUGUUAUUUCCGUGUUAAAGCAAGCCAUUCCAUUAAAGGGCUUCAGUCAUCUA